GUCGCGGCUAGACGCUCUGUCUGACCAUUGUACGUUUGAUCGUGCUCCCGUCGAGAGAUCCCAGUGCUGUAAAGAUGAGGGAAAUCGUACAUCUUCAGGCCGGCCAGUGCGGAAACCAGAUUGGAGCUAAGUUCUGGCAGGUGAUCUCAGAGGAGCACGGUAUCGACCCCACGGGCAAGUACCAAGGAACUUCCGACCUACAGCUCGAACGCAUCAACGUCUACUACAAUGAAGCUUCUGCGAGCCGACACGGAAGCUGUGGAAAGUACGUUCCUCGUGCCAUCCUACUGGACCUGGAGCCUGGGACUAUGGACUCCGUAAGGUCAGGUGAAUACGGAGAGUUGUUCCGUCCAGAUAACUUUGUGUUCGGCCAGAGCGGCGCAGGCAACAACUGGGCCAAGGGUCACUACACGGAGGGGGCAGAGCUGGUGGACGCUGUGCUGGAUGUGGUGCGGAAGGAGGCGGAGAACUGUGAUUGUCUGCAGGGUUUCCAGCUAACCCACUCCCUGGGAGGCGGAACUGGAUCAGGACUUGGGACUCUUCUUAUCUCCAAAAUACGGGAAGAGUAUCCUGACAGGAUCAUGAACACAUACUCUGUCAUGCCCUCGCCCAAGGUUUCAGACACUGUAGUUGAGCCUUACAACGCCACCCUCUCAGUACACCAGCUGGUAGAGAACACAGACGAGAGCUAUUGUAUAGACAACGAGGCUCUCUAUGACAUUUGCUUCAGAACUCUCAAGUUGACCAACCCCACCUACGGCGACCUCAACCAUCUGGUGUCAUUGACCAUGUCCGGAGUCACCACCUGCCUCAGGUUCCCGGGCCAGUUGAAUGCAGAUCUCCGCAAGCUGGCAGUCAACAUGGUGCCUUUCCCCCGUCUUCACUUCUUUAUGCCAGGGUUCGCUCCUUUGACAGCACGUGGCAGCCAGCAAUACAGAGCUCUCAGUGUCCCUGAGUUGACUCAACAGAUGUUUGAUGCCAAGAACAUGAUGGUAGCUUGUGAUCCUCGUCAUGGCCGCUAUCUAACGGUUGCUGCUAUCUUCAGAGGGCGAAUGUCAAUGAAGGAAGUCGAUGAACAGAUGCUCAAUAUCCAGAACAAGAACUCGUCCUACUUUGUAGAAUGGAUUCCGAACAACGUCAAGACAGCAGUGUGUGACAUUCCACCGAUGGGGCUGAAGAUGUCCUCAACAUUCAUCGGAAACACGACAGCCAUCCAGGAGCUAUUCAAGAGGAUAUCCGAGCAGUUCGCCGCUAUGUUCCGUAGGAAAGCUUUCUUACAUUGGUACACAGGCGAGGGAAUGGACGAAAUGGAGUUCACUGAGGCUGAAUCUAACAUGAACGAUCUCAUCUCUGAAUACCAACAGUAUCAGGAAGCGAGUGCGGAGGAUGAGUUUGACGAGAACCUCGAAGACAAUGAGGAAAACGCCCAAGCUCAGUACGACGACUGAGUGAUAUGAGAGGAGAAAAAGAAGAGGUGGAGUUUUUUAACUGCUUUAGUGCCUUAAAUAAAUGUAUAGAGGAGGUCAACUGUAUUUUGUAUUGUAAAUCAUUAUUAUGUGUAGUUUGUAUAAUUAAAGAAGAUAUUAUAACUUGUUGCAUUUAAAGUGUAUUUCGGAAUCUACUGCACCAGAUUCAAAUGAACAACUAAAGGUCUGGUCACCUAUUGGUCAAAAAUGUAAAAACUUAAUGAAGACUGCCAAAGAGAAUCAUAUAAAAACUAUUCAUGUAUUUAUCAUUUCAAAAAUGUGCUUGUUUGAAUGUUAAGUUAAUUAAAUGAUUGUAGUUUAAGUGUAAUUUAUUUUAGAAUUAAGGAAGUUGUCGACUUCAUUACAGAUUAUAUUUAUACUUGUUUUAUACUUUUUCACAUUUUGUGUCAAUAAA